GUUCUCGGUUAUGACGAAUUCGGCAUUUCUAACAGACUGAUAAAACUUGAAUGCUCAUUAAAAUAAUUUUUGAAUUCGUGAAAGCUGAAAUAAAAUCCAACUAGGAAUGUUGCAGCAGUCAUACUUUCAGUAGCGCCGUUUUUAGAAAAGACCACGCUGACUUAGAGUAAAUUUGAAAAUGGAUGGAAGCACCAACACUACUACCGUUUACAUCGCAUCCGUUAGCAGGACGGCGGAUCAAACGAUGCAGUCCCCAGGAAUGGCCGUGAUGCUUUUCUUCUCGGACGUGUUGGCAAACUAUGUUUGGAUGGUGACCGCUAUUUUCGGGAUUCCUGGCAAUAUCUUGUGCCUUUUGAUCAGUUUGCAGAAGGAAAAUAGGCGGUUUUCAACCUGUAUUUACAUGGCCGGCAUCGCAAUUGUUGACACCAUUAGUCUGGUGAUAGUAGUCGUGAGUUUCAUGAAAAUGUAUUGGAUUAAAUCUGCAACCAAGGAAUUUCAUUGGCAAUGGGUUUAUUACUUCGGCUACUCAAUGUCCAUAUUGUCUGGCUUUUUCCUCGCCAUGAUGUCCAUUGAUCGUCUCAUCGUCGUCAGAGUCCCUUUACUGGCCAAGCAGAGAUGCACCACAUCCAAUGCGUGGAGAGCAGUAGCGGUCAGCACCGUUGCCGUCAUGGUCAUUAACACUCAUAUUUUCGUCGCAUAUAAGGAAUUCGCAGGAAUCCUGAAGGUGAUAAUUCCUGGUCACCCAGCCCUUGAAAUCCUUUGUAACAUGUACAUGCUUGUCUGUGGUAGUUUGAUACCAUUCCUCAUAAUCGUAUUAUGCAACAUUUGGAUCAUAAUAACCCUCAAAAUAGCAUCGGAAGACCGGAAGAAAAUGGGCGUCGCCUCUACAUUGGAAAAAGACACGCAUCACUUGACCCGAAUGUUGAUUUUCAUCUGCGUUGCCUAUGUUGUUACGUCACUUCCGCAUCGUCUAUACGAAAUGGUUCUAGCCGCACCUGCUCUAGAGCAACUUUAUGACUUCAGCGAUGAUUAUUGGUCUUUGCGAUACAAAGUUCAAUAUCUCACAAUUGUCAACCUCUGGUAUGUCAACUUCUCAAGUACAUUUUACCUUUACUGCGUCGGGGGAGGAAAAAAGUAUCGUGCCGAUGUCAAGAGACUACUUUUCUUGUGUAAGGGAGAGUAGAUUUUAAUUAGUAUAUUAGCAAACGCGAAUGCCGUAAAGUGCUAAAUUUCCGUGCCUAUUAAUAUUUGCAAUUCGCUAAAAGUACCGAUAAGAAUAUUUUCUAAUGAUUUUUAUUUUUGGGCGGGCCUCCGUAUUUCCUUUCGAUUUUGUUUUUUCAAUGUAAACAAAACUUGUCGUGAUUAUUAUUUCUUGAAACUAGCUAGGUGUACGCUAAAAUAAAACGCACAUAAUCGAAAACUUGGUGCUUUUCAGUAUCCCAUAAGCACUUGUUGUUUAUGUUCGUUAUUACAGUGUACCACGGAUGCAUACCCCCAAAAAAUUACUCCUUCUUCACCACGCAUGAUUUGUAUACCAAUAGGCAUCGCAGGCAAAAUCGUGUCAUGUUGAUCAGCGUGUUGAAGGAAUGAUUUAGUUGUAGGAUUUCAAACGGAAUCAGUGUAUAUGGCUCGCAAGGGCACUGUCGAUAUAACUUACUUUUGCCGAACAGUCAAUUAUGUCAUCAAAACACGACUAGAUUAAAGUUUAAUUCCCUCUCAAAAUAAAAUUUUCGCUUUACCAACAUCAUGACGUGUAAAGAUUACUGAACGACUCAUCGGGGCGUAAAGUAUAUAAUUUUUACGUGCUGUUGACUUGAACGGAACUCUGGUCUUAUCCAACUAA